AUGCAGGCUUUUGAGAACACCUCCACAAACGUGGCCGCCAGCCAGAUGCGCAAUGCCCUCAACAACCUCGCCGACACGGUGAAAGAUCCCGCAGAAAAGAAGAGAUUUGAAGCAGAAAUGGACAACUUCUUUGCUCUGUUCCGGAGAUACCUGAAUGAUCGAGCCAAGGGAAACACAAUCGACUGGGCCAAGAUCAACCCGCCCAACCCAGACCAGGUGGUGGCCUACGAUGACCUGCCAAACAGCGACGCCGUCGACUUUUUGAAUAAGCUCGCGGUCGUCAAGCUCAACGGUGGCCUGGGUACAUCCAUGGGUUGUGUUGGUCCCAAGUCAGUCAUCGAAGUCAGAGACGGCAUGUCCUUCCUAGACUUGUCUGUCCGACAGAUUGAAUACCUCAACCGCACCUAUGACGUCAACGUUCCGUUCGUUCUGAUGAACAGCUUCAACACCGACGACGACACCGCUUCCAUCAUCAAGAAGUACGAGGGUCACAACAUUGACAUUCUUACCUUCAACCAAUCCCGGUAUCCUCGUGUGCUCAAGGACUCGCUCCUCCCUGCACCGAAGGACUACCACUCUCAGCUGUCCGACUGGUACCCCCCCGGCCACGGUGACGUUUUCGAGUCUCUCUACAACAGCGGUAUCCUUGAUCAGCUCCUUGAGCGAGGCAUUGAAAUCAUCUUCUUGUCCAAUGCCGACAACCUGGGUGCUGUUGUGGAUCUCCGCAUCUUGCAACACAUGGUCGAGAGCAAGGCCGAAUACAUCAUGGAGUUGACCGACAAGACCAAGGCCGACGUCAAGGGUGGUACCAUAAUUGACUACGAGGGCAGAGCCAGACUUCUCGAAAUCGCUCAAGUUCCCAAGCAAUACGUCAACGAGUUCAAGUCGAUCAAGAAGUUCAAGUACUUCAACACCAACAACAUCUGGAUGAACCUCCGGGCCAUCAAGCGUGUGGUCGAGAACAACGAGCUCGAAAUGGAGAUUAUCCCGAACGAGAAGUCCAUCCCAGCUGACAAGAAGGGCGAAGCCGAUGUCAGCAUCAUUCAACUCGAGACCGCUGUAGGUGCAGCCAUCAAGCACUUCAAGAAUGCUCACGGUGUCAAUGUCCCCCGUCGACGCUUCUUGCCCGUCAAGACCUGCUCAGACCUCAUGCUUGUCAAGUCCAAUCUCUACACCUUGAGUCAUGGUCAAUUGGUCAUCGACCCGAACCGAUUCGGUCCGGCACCAUUGAUCAAGCUUGGAAGCGAUUUCAAGAAGGUUGCACAAUUCCAGAAGAGGAUCAGUAGUAUCCCGAACAUUGUUGAACUGGAUCACUUGACAGUUACUGGUGAUGUUAAUUUCGGUCGGGGCAUUGUCCUCAAGGGCACCGUCAUCAUUGUUGCCACGGAAAACAGCACAAUUGAUAUUCCACCCGGAUCCAUUUUGGAGAACGUCGUGGUCCAAGGCAGUUUGAGACUGCUUGAGCAUUAA